AUGACUGAUGUUGCUGGUCUAAUUCUCGGUAUCCCUUCUACUGUCAAAGGAUUUGUUGACGCAGCACGUGUCUUACAGAGCUACCACAAUUUGGAUCGGGACCACAAGGAAUCUGUCAAGCGUGCAGUAUUCAUCUCAGAGGUGCUGGAGUAUUAUGCUUGCCUCGUUGACACAGAUAAGCUCGGAGACAUAGACAACAAGUCCUAUCGGUUGAUGUCCGACGCAUUUACACAUGCAGUCGAAGCACAUUGUGCGGCAGCGAGGGUCGUCGAGGAAUGGAGCGUGAAACUCGGAAUUCAGACUGGCUCGGGCUCGAAAGAAGAAUUGGAGAAAAAGUCGGUACCUCGAAGGCAACGGAUGAUGGAUCUGCUAUACUCUAUAAAUGAGAGGUUCCGGAACAGUCAGAAGGGCGAAAAGAAGAACAAACGCCCGAUUGCAAAGCUCGCUGUUGACAUAAAUUAUCUUGUUCUCGGGCGUAUAGAAAUUGACGAGGCCUCGGAUCGGAUGGAACGAUGGAUAAGCAGCCUCAGCAGUAUUUUAAUGAUACUACCACUACAACACUUGGUUCGCUUCGACGAGCAGAAACGACUGCCAGAAAAUUGGUCCAAUAGUCGUGCUAUGGAUAUGAGAUUUGUUGUUCGGGCGCGAAAUAGGGUACAGUCAAAUAUUGCACCAAAUAUUAUUGACCCAAGCCAGAUUCAAUAUGCUUCUGGCAUAGAUGCCAUUCACAAUUGCCCUAUCCAACGUCUCGAAGAUGGGCCGUACGCAGGGUGUAUCCUCGAUCCUCGUGACCUGGGCCUUCGCAUCGAUCUGUAUGACGAAGCACGCAACGAUACAGACAAAAUCUACAAGCUUUUCUCUGAAAAGGAGGGCAGUGGAGGGCAUAAGCAGUCUGCAAGCGUUGGAAUCCUACCAUGUUGUGGAUAUAUUGACCUAUUGGAACAGACGACACAAUACCUCGUCUUCCGACUUCCUCCUGAAGCUGGUGCGCCGAAAACGUUAAGGAAUCUUCUCCUCGACUGCAAGCCAAUGCAUCCUCUGAACACACGCCUUGACUUCUCUAUACAAUUAGCAACGUCAGUAUUAAUUGUCCACUCGCUCGACCUCAUCCAUAAAAACAUUCGUCCCGAUUCGAUUAUUGUCACGGAAUCCAUAGGUGGUGCUGAAUACGAGAAAUUUCCAUACAGGCUGGGCACACCGUACCUUGUAGCAUUUGACCAGGCACGUACAGAGGAUGGGCCAUCCCAAUUGCGCUCAUACAGAGGGGCAAUGCUAUUCGAAUCAUUGUAUCAACACCCACGACACGUAACAUCCACAACUCGACAGAAAUACGAAAUGCGCGAUGACAUCUACAGUCUCGGAGUCUGUCUCUUAGAAGUUGGGAUCUGGAAGUCUUUAUUCAAGUGGGAUACAGGAGCCGGAGAGUCAGGAGGUUUCGUUGGAGAUGAAGGGGUACUUGCCUUACAGGGCGAUCGUUUCAACAAAAGAAUACAGGAACUCGGAUUAUCAACAGAUCAGGACAAAAGCUGGGCUCGACGAGAUGCACUUGUCAUGUUUGCAAGAUCUGAGCUGGCAGUUUCAAUGGGCGAGACAUUUAGGAACGUUGUGGUUGAUUGUCUGUUGUUUGGGAGUGGUGGGACAACAUACGAAGAACGCUUAGGCAAAACUUAUGGGACAAAAGAUGUAGUGGUAAAAAACCAGAGUGUAAUGUUUGUAGAGGAUGUUUUGGAAAGGCUGCGUGCUCUGACCUUUUCGCGAUGA